GUGCUGACUUCUUCCAUUGCUCAGGCUGGUCGGGCGCAGCAAUGGAGGAAAGCCGUGGUAUUGUUGGAGGAAGCGUGCUGCCGUCGCUUGCGAUUGAACAUCAUCGUCACCAAUGCCGCCAUGGCGGCCUGUGAGAAGGCCAAGCAGUGGCAAGCAGUGCUGGCACUGCUCAGCUCCCGAGAGUCCGACAUGGUCGGCUGGAACUCCGCACUCUCGGCCUGCGAGAAGGGAGGAGCAUGGCCAGUCGCCCUCAGCCUCUACGACGAGAUUGU